AUGUUCUUUGUGGUCCUAACAAAGCUUCAAGUGGCCUACGAGCGAUCCCUCGUCUCACGCUCCACGGGGGGUUCGAAAUUCGACGGCGACGGCAAAAUCCCGCCUGUCGCGGAUGUCAAAACGGGUGGCCCGUUCGCGGACGCCGCCGCGUGCAAAGCGACAACAGCCGAAGCGGAUGCGCACGGCGACGACGAGCGCCACCGAAAGCGGACCACGACGACCGUGGACGCCUUCCUAGCGACGACGACCGCUAUCGAAGGCUCAAGCAGAACGAAAAGAGACGCCUUUCGUAAUACCGUGACGGCAGUGUUCCGCGGUUCCCGCUUAGAGGCUUUCAGCCGUUAUCGCGCGGAGGCAGCGUGGCACCGCCGCUCGUUCGAGCGAGCAUGCAAACCGUUGCACCGAUCCCGCGGUUCAUCUCAUACUGGACGGGAUAGCAGUGGCCACGGCCGACUUGGAACAUUUGUCUCGAGUCAGGUGGAUCUAUCUAUCUAUCUAUCUAUCUAUCUAUCUAUCUAUCUAUCUAUCUAUUGUAGAUUAUCCAUAUCUAUCUAUCUAUCUAUCUAUCUAUCUAUCUAUCUAUCUAUCUAUCUAUCUAUCUAUCUAUCUCAUUCUGUUCAGGAUCUAUCUAUCUAUCUAUCUAUCUAUCUAUCUCAUUCUGUUCAGGAUCUAUCUAUCUAUCUAUCUAUCUAUCUAUCUAUCUAUCUAUCUAUCUAUCUAUCUAUCUCAUUCUGUUCAGGAUCUAUCUAUCUAUCUAUCUAUCUAUCUAUCUAUCUAUCUCAUUCUGUUCAGGAUCUAUCUAUCUAUCUAUCUAUCUAUCUAUCUAUCUAUCUAUCUAUCUAUCUAAGUCCUUGCGUUCUUUUUCCCAUUGAUUUCUUAUCGCCUCGCAUCUCUCUCUCUCUCUCUCUCUCUCUCUGUGCCCGUCCGCAUUAG